AUGUAAAGAAAAGUAACUUAAGUAGCCCCAACUAGGCAAGUCUAGAUUGUUUAAUAACCUACUGAGUCACCUGAGGGCGCCACUCUGAAAGAUUUAUGCGAAAAAUCAGAUAGAUGUUUGAACGAAAAAUGCAAAAAGUACCAUGCGAUUUGGGCUUCUAGUUCUUGUAUACAAUUUUUGCUGAAUAAAUGCAAAAAAUGCUAAAUUACACAUCGUGAAUGGGAAGAUCUAAUGGAUAUUGCUUCUGAUCCAAACACACAAUAUGAUAAAUUCUCUAUGAAACCAUUUUAAUCGAGCAAAAAGCCUGCUCCUGCGAAACAAAAUUCACAAAUUGAAUAAUAAGUCAUGGGCAAAGUAACCAAUAAUGGCAACUAAAAUAAAAGUAAUCAAUAGCCUAUAAGCUAGGUCUAGCUUUAUCCCGAAGAUAUCAAGCACUUAGAUUAAUUAGAAAGCAUAUUAGCGUAAAAUAAAUAUGUUAGUGGUGAAUAAUUAAGCGAGAAAGAUGAAUUAGAAUACCUCUAAAUUGAAGAUAAAUUCAAGCAGGUCUAAAAUAAGGCAGAAAAAUAUAGUAGAAUAGCUAAAUGGAUUGAGGAAAUCAAAGAUCUAAUGACUAUUUAAGAUGUUUAAUGUUCUCAUUGCAGAAAAUAGUUCUAAUUAACAAUGAUAAGAGUAAUGAUUUAGUCAAGCAAGCAAGAAUAUUCAUCUAUCUUUUCCUGCAAGAAUUGCUAAAAGAAAGUAGACGAUAUCUUGGACAUUGAUAAACUAUUAGCAACCUAAGAUUUCAUUGCAAGUCCUAAUUUCACAAAUAAGGAAUUAAAAGUCUAUUAAGAUACAUAGAAGUUGGAAACUUUUAUCCAUGAAAACGGACUUUAAAAUCUAAAAAAAUAUCUAAUCAAAAUGAAGAAUCUUACUUCGCCAGUAGAUGCAAUCUGCUAGAUUUCCGGUACUAAAUUCAAACUAUUAAAACAUGAAAAUCUUGAAUAUGGAUUAAAAGAGGAGACAAAUAUAUGCAUAAACUGCUAUAAUUCACAUAUAGAUAGAUUAUUUCAGCAUAGUAAAAGACUAGGGUAAAAUUGGCAGAAGUAAGGAAUAUCAGACGAGCAAAUAUUUAGAGAGUCAGGCACAUUUUUUGCUUUGAAGGAAUACGAGAAGAAUUUAGAGCUGACAAAUCUUGAUAAUUUAAAGCAAUGGUUUGAAUAUAUGAAGGUGAAUGCUGAGCCUUCCUUAGUCAUUUGCAAUGGGUGCUCAAAUGAGAUCAAGAAUAGUGUAAGAUCUAUAUUUAGAUAGAAUGAUAGCAAAUACUAUGCAUGCUCAGGAAAUUGUAAAGCAAAGAUAGCUAAGUAGCAUACUAAUAACAAGAAGAAAUAAAAAAUGAGAAGCAAGUUCGAUGUCAUCAGAAGCUAGACUGAGAGUAGUCUAAUUGAUAAUCUUGAUGAUGAAGAAGAUAAUUAUGAGGAAUAAGUUAAAGAAUUUAUUGCCAAAAACCCUACAUUUGUAUCUUAUAGGAGAUCAAUCUUGAGUCUUUUGUAAAAAGGGUUUUAAGAUAUUGAGAUUAUUGCCAAAGUUUUGAAGGCUAAUGGAAAUGACUUGUACGAGGCAAUCGAGCAAUACGAGAAUGGCAUAGCUUUUGAUUACAUGAAAUUAAGAUACAGAGAGAGAAUUUAAGAUUACCAAACCAAAGCCUGA